CCAAGCUGUACACAUCAUAAUGUUAAACAAAUACAUCGCAUUUGUGAUCAUACUGGCUCUACCUACGGCUUGGACUACACCUCUGUCUGUGAUACAACCUGAUCACCCGCCACUCGCUGCUGAGCUAGGCUCGCGGGUGGUAGCGCGCGCGUCGCGCUUGAUGCAGGACACUGGCGACCCACGGCUCCCGUUCCCCAGUCUUCAGGAGCUCGCUGCCAUCAAGAAGGUCGCGGAGACACUCAUCAUGCUGGGACAAGAGGUAAUCCCCUCAAUCAUCGGAGAAAUGCCCAUGGGUGGCAUGGGGUCCACUUCUUCGUCCAUAGACGUGCCCAACGACGCUGUCAGUAGCAAUUAAUGGAUAGCAUCGUAAUAACUACCACAAUCCCGAUUAUGUAUUAAAAGGGCUUAAGUAACAAGAACAGAUUAGAAAAGCGACUUUCGUACAUAUUAUUCAAAUAAAUGCAAUUCUGAAUAAU